CAUUACGAAGUAAUCAUUUACUGUUAUUUGGUAAUUCGCUCUGGAUACUGCCCUUGUUGUCUAUGGGAUCAAACUUUUGCACCUGAAAAAUAAAUGAAGCCCUGGUUAUACAGUGCUGGUCUACGAGGGCAUAUUGAAAGGAUACACAUUCAGAGGAUGGAAUGGCCAAGUAUAAAGCCAGUUUGUGGCUGCUCAGCUUUGUUUAAGUCUGAGAUCGAAUUUUGUUGUUAUUUACACGAUGUGCAUGGCCUGACAAAUGUGAUAUGGAGGAGGCCAGAGCCCAAACCUGCAGUCAAGAGAAAACGGGGUGUUG